AGCAGUUUAACAUUAACUCCAUUUCAUGAAUCAUGUGUAACUUCUUCAAUUUCCACUUAUUACAUGCCAUUUAUCAACCCCUGUUGACCCCCACCCACCCCCUCUUGUGUUCUUUCUGUUAAGUUUUCCUUUUUCCUCUCAUGUUCAUAUCUUUGGGAAGAUCUGAAAAUUUGGAGAUGAAAAGUGAUAUCUAAUAUAAUAAUAAUAAUAAUAAUGAUCUGAUGAAGUAAACGAUGCCAAACCGGCCAUGGUUUGCACUGCAGAUGAUUUGUUGGAGUGGAAAGACUUUCCAAAGGGUCUUAGAGUCUUGCUCCUUAAUGAUGACAUCAGUUCUGCAACUGAUAUAAGAUCAAAACUUGAAGAAAUGGAUUAUCUUGUUUCUACCUUCGGUAAUGAGAAUGAAGCAUUGUCAGCCAUUUCAGAUAAUUCUAGAGUCUUCCAUGUAGCAAUAGUAGAGGUGCGAGCCGACAACAAAGAUGGAAGGUUUAAAUUUCUUGAAAGCACGAAAGAUUUGCCGAAAAUCAUAACUUCAGAUGUGAAUUGCAUAAGUACCAUGAUGAAGUGCAUAGCAUUUCGAUUAUGUGUUCAGCUUGGUGCGGUUGAGUUCCUCCAGAAACCACUUUCAGAGGAUAAACUUAGAAACAUAUGGCAGCAUGUGGCUCACAAGGCGUUUAAUGCAGGACUCAAGGAUCAGUUUGAACCUAUGAAAUCUGACAAUGCUUCAUAUGGCUCUGAUCUAGAUGAUCGUUUGAAGGAAGACUUUAGUCAAAAUCAAGAGCAUGCAUCAAUUGAUGAUACAUGCCAUCAAGAUCAAGCUCACAUAUCGACUGAGAAAGUGUGUGUUGAUCAUGGUGGUGAAUCCAAAUUUGUCGAAACUGCUUGUGAUGAUUUGGCUGUUGAUACUAUUACUAUUGAAACAGACACAUCCACGAGUUUAGAGGAAGGUAUUGGGAAGCCUUUAAGCAAUGAAAGUUGUCCCGAUCAUACAAAUAAUAAGAAGCUAAAUGAAGCAUCUAAGCAUCCUAAUUCAUGCCCCACUAAAUCUAGUCGAAGGAAGAUCAAGGUUGAUUGGACUUCUGAACUACACAAAAAAUUUGUACAAGCCGUAGAACAACUUGGUGUUGAUCAAGCAAUUCCUUCGCGCAUACUAGAACUUAUGAACGUUCCGGGUUUGACUCGCCAUAAUGUAUCAAGUCAUCUCCAGAAAUAUAGAUUGCAUAGGCGACAUAUUUUGCCCAAGGAAAGCGCGCGAAAAUGGCCUCAAGUUGGACAUUCAACACCAAGAAACUACUAUCUACAGAAACCCGUUAUGGCUUACCCUCCUCCAUAUCCGUCUAACCACCCCCAAGUCUAUCCUGCUUGGCCGCCUCCACCUCAGAUGUAUUAUCCAGGUUGGCAGUCUUCGGGAAACUGGACGUGGAAUCCUUGUUCAGGGGUACAAGCUGAAGCGUGGGGCCGGCCCGCCAUACCUCCGCCAUGUACAUCUUUUCCUCAAGGUGCUGCACAAUUUCAGACCCGUAAUUCGAUCUGCCAAGCCAUUCCGAAGAACUCAUUCGACAAUUAUCCGGGAGAUGAAGUGAUUGACAAGGUUGUAAAGGAAGCAAUAAAUAAUCCAUGGCUACCCUUGCCUUUGGGCCUCAGACCUCCAUCUACUGAGAGCGUCAUUUAUGAGCUCUUGAAGCAAGGAAUCUCCACCGUUCCUCAUCAAACCAACGGAUCUCAUUCAUGCUUGUGACAUACACACACUUUCUAUAUAUAUUAUUACCAUUCACAGUAAGUAAGUAAGUAGAUCCACUUUUGAAGGCCAAAAUGGGCCUACGACUUUGAUGGUAGAGGUGGGACAAAACUUUCUGUUGUGGUUUGAAUUUUGAUCCUGAGCUAAAACCUUUUUGUGGCUUGUUAUGUGCAUCAAAACUAGUACCUUGUUCUGGAUUUAUUAAAGUCAACUUUGGAGCAAUAGCGACAGUUAUGAUGGAAAGUCUGCUUUAUUGGAUGCC